CGCAGCUUCGCUGAGCCCCAGCGCAGCGCUGGGGCGGGGGGGCGGCCGAAAGGGGGGCGGUGGUCGGGCCGCGCGGGCGGAGAUGGAAUGGGGCCCGGGCUCAGACUGGUCACGGGGGGAGGCUGCCGGCGUGGACCGUGGGAAGGCGGGGCUGGGGCUCGGCGGGAGGCCACCCCCGCAGCCGCCCCGGGAUGAGCGCGCCCAGCAGCUGCUGGACGCUGUGGAGCAGCGGCAGCGGCAGCUCCUGGACACCAUCGCCGCCUGCGAGGAGAUGCUGCGGCAGCUGGGCCGCCGGCGCCCGGAGCCAGCUGGUGGCGGGAACGUCUCAGCCAAACCCGGAGCGCCCUCCCAGCCAGCCGUGUCCGCCAGAGGUGGCUUUGCAAAGGACGCUGGUGACGGAGCUGCAGAGCCCUGACGGUCCCCAAGCCGGGCGCCCUGACUUCUCUCCCUCCCCAGGGCUGGUGGCUGGACUCUGAGCAACUCGCUCCAGUAGAGGGGCUAGCCUUCACUGGCAGUGGCUGGCGCUUGGCCCUCCGCGUGGGGUGGCGGCUCUGCUGCAGCCGGGCGCACUCCCACUUCGUCCUGGUUGAAGGCAGUGCUCUGCUUUGAGCGGCCAAGGACUACCCAGUCUGACACCCGGAUUUGGGCAGACCAGCAGUGCUCGCCAGAGUGGCCCGGCCUGCUUCGGGGGAUCCGGUGGUGUUACGUGUCCAUUUCAUGCUUUGGGGACUCCUAGCCCCGUGAAACACCUUCAGCAGAGCCUUUAUUAAAAGGAAACCUGCAGACUCUC